AUGGCAAGCCACAUUAUUGGAAACCGAAACAGCACCCCUGAGGCUUCAAAGUCGUCCCUUCGCCCUCCAUCUUCGUCCCGUACGCUAGGGGGUUCUCAUCAACUUCGCGCGUCUGCCGAUAUGUCCGGCUUCGCCCCGCCGUUGUCGGCUCGCAAUAUUCGCCCCGCAUCCGAGGUGUACUUCAACCAGCAGUCACAGGCCCAGAAUAACGCAGAUGAUGCACUCGACCGGGCUGCGCAGCAGUGGUUGGCGGACAUCGAUCAGUAUGAGACGACUCUGGAAGAAAUGGCUGCCGCCACCUUGGACCAGGAUUUCAAGGACGAGCUGAGCGCUAUCGAGCAGUGGUUUCGUGUGUUGAGUGAAGCUGAGAGAACUGCUGCUCUCUAUGCUCUACUGCAACAGACCACUCAGGUUCAGAUCCGAUUUUUCAUCCAAGUAUUGCAGCAAAUGUCCCAGAGUCAUCCGAUGUCCAGUGUGUUGUCUCCUGCAACUUUUGGAGAAAAGGAUGCCAUGUCCAACCGUCUAAGUGAUGCCAUGUCGAAGUUAAACGUGGAAGGGUCUCGCAACUCUCUUGUUCGCCCGCCGCCUUCUCCUGGCAAUAAGCGCAACUCAGGACUUGAUACCUCGACUAUCAACGCCAUGUUCCCUGAUGCAGCCGCCGCUAUUGCUAAGAAGAAAGCUGAGCUUACCCAGCAAACUGGAAAUGCUCCUGUGUCAAACCGUAACAGUGCAGUGUUUAGUGGAGACAGGUCUUCACUCGUUGCUCCUACCAUUUCUACCACAGAUGUUGGCAAGGAUAAUUUACCUCAACCGCCUGCUUCCCCUUGGACUCACCGUGCACCGGAACAACAGGCUCCCAUUGCACGGCCCAAGUCAUCGUCCGAGCAGCAGCAGCAGCAGCAACAACAGCAACAGCAGCAACAACCAAUGGGCCAGUUUUCGCAGCCCCUGCAGUCUGCCGGCCUUCGUUCCCCUCUUUCGUCGGGACCCAAUAAUAUCCAGAGCACCACCAUCACUGCCCCUGACCUUAUGCCUGAGCCACCGAUACUCUCUCCAUACAAUGUGGGAAAUGCAAGUUGGGCUUCCAUGACAAAUACACCUAUGGUUUCAUCCUUCAACCAGCAAAGCCAACCAAAUCAGGCCGAUAUGAUUGCCAACGCUACUGCCAUGAAACUUGCUGCUUUGUCAACUGUCAAUAAUCGCAUUGCCCUAGACGAUGCACGCAAAUACCGCCGCACUCGCUCCAACGACAACCAGAACCGUAUGCACAACCAGCCCCCUGUCUCUCCUGGCCUCCCAAACACCAUUCCUGGAACCAAUGUGAUCAUGGUGAACGAUUCCGGCCAAAUAUUGAACCCCCAACAGAUUGCUGCUCUGCAGGCUCAACAGCAAGCUGCCAUCAGUGGGCGCCGCUCUCGUCCCAACUCUCCCGGGCUGGCGCUUCAGGGAACGCCGAUACAGAUGAACUUCACUUCUCCUCAGAACAAUGGAUUCCUUGCUGCAUAUGACGCUAACGCCUACUUGGGUAACACCCUUGGCGGAAUGGGUGUCGGUCAAUUCAGUGGCGCUGGCAGUCACGAAGGAUACCUGUCUGAUCAUUCCGAAAUUCCCCGUGGCCGUUCCCCACGCGGUCGCCGUGGAAGCUCCAAGCCACCAGAAGACCCAACUGACCCAGCUCUCCUUCAAGACAUACCCGGCUGGCUUCGAUCUCUUCGCUUGCACAAGUAUACCGACAACCUUAAGGAUCUUAAGUGGACCGAGUUGGUUGAGUUGGACGACAAAGGCUUGGAGGCCCGUGGCGUAAACGCUCUUGGUGCCAGAAACAAGAUGCUCAAGGUUUUCGAGCAAGUCAAGGAGGCCAGGUCAGAAGGAAAGCUCGACAACAUCGUCUAA